AUGAUGGCGGCAGCACUCGGGCCCCCAGAAGUGAUCGCCCAGCUGGAGAAAGCGGCCAAAGUUCUCAUGGCACCUCCUUCCAUGGUCAGCAAUGAACAAUGGCAGCAUGCAGAGCACAUAUUCUUAUCACUUAGGAAAUCAAAGUCACCAUUUGCAGUUUGCAAGCAUAUUUUGGAAACAAGCAAGGUGGACUAUGUCCUCUUUCAAGCUGCCACGGCCAUCAUGGAGGCAGUGGUCCGAGAGUGGAUUCUCUUGGAAAAGGGAAGCAUUGAGUCACUGCGAACGUUCCUUUUAACUUACGUCUUACAGAGGCCCAACCUCCAAAAGUAUGUUCGGGAACAGAUUCUCUUAGCAGUAGCAGUGAUUGUAAAACGAGGCUCACUAGAUAAGUCAAUUGACUGCAAGAGCAUUUUUCAUGAAGUCAGCCAGUUGACCAGUAGUGGCAAUCCCACUGUGCAAACUCUGGCCUGUUCUCUUCUGACUGCACUAUUGAGUGAAUUCUCAAGUUCAAGUAAAACCAGCAACAUCAGACAGAGCAUGGAAUUCCAUGGCAACAGCAAAAGAGUUUUCCAGGAAGAAGACCUUCGUCAGAUCUUCGUGUUAACCCUGGAAGUUUUGCAGGCGUUCAGCAGGCGGGAAAACCUCAGUGCUCAGAUGUCCUCAGUGUUUCAGCGCUACCUCUCACUCGCCAAUCAGGUGAGCUGGAACUUUCUUCCUCCAAAUUUGGGCAGACAUUAUAUAGCCAUGUUUGAAUCCUCACAAAAUGUGCUGUUAAGGCCAACAGAGUUCUGGCGGAAGGCCCUUCUGGACAGCAGAGUCCUGGAGCUUUUCUUUACAGUACCUCGGAAUAUCAGAGAAGAUUCGGAUAUGGCACCAGAUUCUCUGCAGUGCCUCGCCCAGUUAGCUUCUUUGCAUGGACCUGUUCCCGAUGAAGCAGCACAGGUUGACUACCCGGCACACUUCAUUGAGGGUUUACUGAGUACUAUCCAUGGCAUUGAAAUAGAAGAUUCUGAGGCUGUGGGGAUCGCCAGCAUUAUCAGCAACCUGCUAACUGUGUUCCCUCGAAAUGUCUUAACUGCCAUUCCAAGUGAGCUUUCCUCAUCCUUUGUGAACUGCCUCACACACCUCACUUGUUCUUUUGGGCGUAGUGCUGCUUUGGAAGAAGUGUUUGAUAAAGAUGACAUGGUCUACAUGGAAGCAUAUGACAAGUUGCUGGAGUCCUGGCUGACUUUGGUCCAAGAUGACAAACAUUUCCAUAAAGGCUUUUUUACCCAGCAUGCAGUUCAAGUCUUCAAUUCCUAUAUUCAGUGCCACCUGGCCGCUCCAGGUGGCACAAGGAAUUUGACUGCCAAUGGUGUGACCUCUCGUGAGGAAGAGGAAAUAAGUGAACUUCAAGAAGAUGACCGAGACCAGUUUUCAGAUCAACUAGCCAGUCAUGCCAGUGUAGGAAUGCUAGGAAGAAUUGCCGCAGAGCACUGUAUACCUCUUCUGACAAGUUUAUUAGAAGAAAGAGUAACAAGGCUCCACGGUCAGUUACAGCGACAUCAGCAGCAGUUACUUGCUUCACCUGGUUCAAGCACCAUUGCCAGCAAAAUACUUGAUGAGCUACAUGGAGAUAUUCACCGGCUUAUUUUAGUUACAGGCUUCCUCUUAGCUGUUGAUACUCGGGGAGCGACUCUGCUAACACCUCCAGAAAUAAUGGAAUAUUCCAUGAAGCAUUCAUCUGAAGUUGACAGUAAUACAACACUUCAAAUUUUGGGAUCUCCAGGAGAAAAGGCUUCUCCCACCCCAGGGUACAACAGAACAGAUUCUGUGAGUGGGCUGUCAUCUGCUGUUCUCAGAGUCUCGGAAGUUGAGUCUCGAGCAGUAAGAGCUGAUCUCACUGACCUGCUAAGCCCUCAAAUGGGCAAAGAUAUUGUUUGGUUUCUAAAACACUGGGCAAAGACUUAUCUCCUGGUGGAUGAGAAGCUAUCUGAUCAGAUAAGUCUACCAUUCAGUACAGCAUUUGGAGCAGAUGCUGAGGGUUCUCAGUGGAUUACUGGCUGCCUCUUACAGAAAGUCAUCAGCAGCCUCUCGGUGUGGAGCAGUGAGCAGGACCUUGCAAGUGACGCUGUGCAGCUCCUUGUCACUUUGGUGGAAAGAAGAGAAAGGGCAAACCUAGUAAUCCAGUGUGAAAACUGGUGGAAUUUAGCUAAACAGUUUGCCACCCGAAGCCCUCCUCUGAAUUUUCUGUCCAGUCCGGUGCAGAGGACGCUGAUGAAGGCCCUUGUCCUGGGAGGUUUUGCACAGAUGGACACAGAAACCAAACAACAGUAUUGGCCUGAGGUUCUUCAGCUAUCGCAGCAGCGAUUCUUAAGGGUGAUAAAUCAGGAAAACUUUCAGCAGAUGUGCCAGCAAGAGGAGGUCAAGCAGGAAACCACUGCCACGCUAGAGGCCCCAUGUGGCAUUGCCGAGGCUACCCAGAUGGACAACGUCGCCAUCCUUUAAUUCUUAAUGGACUUCCUUACCAAUUGCAUUGGAUUGAUGGAAGUUUACAAAAAUAACCCCGAGACUCUCAAUCUCAUCAUAGGUUUUGUUGAAGUUGCACAUAAACAGAUACGUUAUCUUGGAGAGUCCAAAGCGAUGAACUUAUAUGAAGCCUGCCUCAAUUUGUUGCAAGAAUAUUCUAAGAAUAAUUUGGGGAGGCAGAGAGUGGAUGUCACAGCGGAGGAGGAACAAUAUCAGGAUGUACUUAUUAUGGAACUUCUUACAAACCUUCUGUCAAAAGAGUUCAUAGACUUCAGUGAUACAGAUAAAGUGUUUAAGGGACAUGAGCCAGGGCAAGCAGCAAGCAGGUCUGUGUCAGCAGCGGAUGUUGUUUUAUAUGGAGUCAACCUAAUUCUGCUGAUGUCACAAGAUCUUUUGAAGUUUCCAACACUUUGUAAUCAAUACUACAAAUUAAUUACAUUUAUUUGUGAGAUUUUUCCUGAAAAAAUACCACAGCUUCCUGAAGACCUUUUUAAAAGUCUGAUGUGCUCUCUAGAACUGGGAAUGACUUCAAUGAGCUCGGAGGUUUGCCAGCUGUGCCUGGAGUCCCCGACACCAUUGGCGGAACAGUGUGCAAAAGCUCAAGAUACAGACUCACCACUGCUUCUAGCGACACGGCACUUUCUGAAGCUGGAUUUUGAUAUGCUGGUUCUGCAGAAGCACAACACUGAGAUGACGACAGCAGCCGGGGAGGCGUUCUGCACAUUGGUGUGCCUGCACCAGGUGAAAAUACGCCGAGUACUCUUAUUGGUUGAAACAUUGCUGUCAAGUCAACAAGACCCAGUUAUUUACCAGAGAUUAGCAGAUGCCUUCAACCAGCUCACUGCAAGCAGCACCCCUCGUACGCGUUCGAAACAAAAGAUGGCUUUUAUAAAGAAUUUGGAAGAAUUUAUGGCAAAUAUUGGUGGUCUCUGUAUCA